ACUACACAACAGAUAGCGGACGACGCUGUUGCUGGACAGCCCUACCACUUCCAAAAUUACGAACCCCAGCAGAACUACAUUGCGCCGGAGCUCUCACGCAAAUCAACAGACGACAAGGAGGAAGUGGAAGAAAGCGAGAAAUCACGUUCGAGGAGUAGCAGCGAUGACACUGUUGCAUAUGCCCCAGUCAACAUUCCUGGAGAGGACCAGGAGGCUAUGAGGAACGACCUGAUAACAUUGACUCGAACUCAAACAAGCACCAGUUAUGCCGGCAUCGACCCCGAAUCUAAAGACUUCAGUCUGGACAAAUGGCUGAAGGCAUUCAUCAAAGAUUUUGCUUCGGAAGAUCUCAAAGCUACCAGGGCAGGUAUUGUCUGGAAGAACCUCUCGGUCUCUGGUUCCGGUGCAGCUCUGCAGCUCCAAGACACAGUCGCUGGUAUCGCUUUGAAGCCUCUUGUCAUGCUCAAGUCUCUGUUCUCGCACAAUACCGAGCGCAAGCAAAUUCUCCACAACUUCAACGGAAACUUAAAGUCUGGCGAACUACUUAUUGUUCUUGGGCGUCCAGGCUCGGGCUGCAGUACCUUUCUCAAGUCGCUCUGCGGCGAGACACAUGGUCUCCAUAUUGACGAUGGCUCUGAGAUUCAUUACAAUGGUGUCGACCAGAAGCAGAUGAUGAAGGAGUUCAAGGGUGAAGUAGUGUACAACCAAGAGGUUGACAAGCAUUUCCUCGGCCAAACCUUGGAGUUCGCUGCUUCCACUCGUACUCCCAGUCAUCGCAUUCGCGGCCUGUCGAGAAAGGACUUUUCCGCCCACACCGCCAAAGUCAUUAUGUCAGUCUUCGGCCUCAGCCACACAUACAACACCAAAGUCGGCUCAGACUUUGUUCGCGGUGUGUCUGGUGGUGAGAGAAAGCGUGUCAGCAUCGCUGAAAUGGCUCUUACUGGAUCGCCACUCGGCGCUUGGGAUAACUCAACUCGUGGUCUGGAUUCGGCAACUGCGUUCAAAUUUGUCAACUCACUCCGCACUCUUGCGAAUCUUGGUGGAUCUGCCCACGCUGUUGCCAUUUACCAAGCCUCUCAGCAGAUCUAUGAGUUGUUUGACAAGGCGAUUGUGCUCUACGAGGGUCGCUGCAUCUACUAUGGUUCAGCGCCCAAAGCUCGCGAGUACUUCGAAAAGCAGGGCUGGACGUGCGACAAGCGCCAAACCACUGGAGAUUUCCUGACUUCGCUGACCAACCCCUCUGAACGCAAAGCCCGCGAAGGCAUGGAAAACAAAGUGCCUCGCACCGCUGAGGACUUCGAACGUUACUGGCUCGAGUCCUCGGCAUACAAGACUACGGAGCGUGGUAUUGAAGAGCACGAAAAAUCGGUCUCCGGAGAUCAGAUGGUGCAAACUUUCCGUGACAACAAGGGUGAAGCACAAGCAAACCACACUCGUCUGAAGUCACCAUACAUGAUCAGUGUUCCCAUGCAGAUCAAGCUGAACACGAAAAGAUCUUAUCAGCGUAUUUGGAACGACCUCCCAUCGACAGUUUCCGCUAUUGGUGUCAACAUCUUCAUGGCCCUCAUCAUUGGUUCGAUCUUCUAUGGCACCCCUGACGCGACUGUCGGCUUUAUGUCCAAAGGAGCCGUUCUGUUCUUUGCCGUCUUGCUCAAUGCCCUGUCAGCCAUGAACGAGAUCAACAGUCUCUAUGCCCAACGCCCAAUUGUCGAAAAACACAAAUCUUACGCGCUCUACCACCCUGCUACAGAAGCCAUUGCCGGUAUCGUUUCUGAUGUACCUGUCAAAUUCGUUCAAGCUGUUGUUUUCAACUUGAUUCUCUACUUCCUGGCUGGUCUUCGACGCGAACCAUCUCAAUUCUUCAUCUACUUCUUGAUCACAUUUAUCGUCGGGCAAAUCAUGGUAAGAUCAUCAAACUUCCGUCUCGCAGCUGUGACCAAAACAAUCUCUCAAGCAAUGACACUUGCUGGUGUGAUGGUUCUUGCCCUUGUUAUCUAUACAGGCUACGUGCUUCCGCAACCCUACAUGAAGCCUUGGUUCAACUGGAUUCAUUAUCUGAGUAAGCUGGUUUCACCUCGCUGUCCUGGCUCUACUAACCAUAUUCUGCANGAUCCAAUUUACUAUGCAUUCGAAAUCCUGGUCGCCAACGAGUUCCACGGAAGACAGUUCCCCUGCUCUCAAAUCGUUCCUAACUAUCUGUUCAUGCAAGGCGACACCUUCAUCUGUUCAACGACUGGUGCAGUUGCAGGCGAAUACACUGUCAGUGGAGACGCAUAUAUCCAGACUGCCUACGAAUACUCUUACUCUCAUGUCUGGAGAAACUUCGGCAUCAUGAUCGCUUUCCUUAUCGGUUUCAUGGCCAUCUACUUUAUUGCUGUUGAACUCAACUCUUCGACUAGCAGCACUGCCGAGGUCCUGGUUUUCCGCAAGGGACAUGCUCCCGCCAACCUUACUGGACGAGUAAAAGAAGGCAACAAUGAUGAGGAAGCCCCCGCCCAAGGUGCUGCUGCGUCGAAUGGACACACCGAAGGCGAGAGUGUUGAUGCUAUCCCUGCCCAAAAGGACAUCUUCACCUGGAGAGACGUGGUCUAUGACAUCAAGAUCAAGGGCGAGCCUCGCAGACUUCUGGACCAUGUAUCUGGAUACGUCAAGCCAGGAACUCUGACCGCACUCAUGGGUGUUAGUGGUGCUGGCAAAACGACUCUGUUGGAUUCGCUCGCUCAGCGUACGACUAUGGGUGUCAUUACUGGCGACAUGUUGGUCAACGGAAAGCCCAUCGAUGCCAGCUUCCAGAGAGGCUGCGGUUACGUGCAACAGCAAGAUCUGCAUCUCGAGACAGCUACCGUCCGUGAAAGUCUGCGGUUCAGUGCCAUGCUCAGACAGCCCAAAUCAGUAUCCAAGCAGGAGAAGUACGACUACGUCGAAGAAGUCAUCAAGAUGCUCGACAUGGAAGACUUUGCCGAGGCAGUUGUUGGUGUCCCUGGUGAAGGUUUGAACGUCGAGCAGCGCAAGCUCUUGACCAUCGGUGUCGAGCUGGCUGCAAAGCCCAAGCUUUUGCUAUUCCUGGACGAGCCUACUAGUGGAUUGGACUCCCAAAGUGCCUGGGCCAUUUGCGCCUUCCUUCGCAAGCUUGCCGACGCUGGCCAAGCUGUUCUCUGUACUAUUCAUCAGCCCAGUGCUGUCCUCUUCCAGGAGUUUGACCGUCUCCUGUUCCUGGCAAAGGGUGGUAAGACUGUUUACUUUGGCGACAUCGGAAAGAACUCCAAGACCCUUCUCGACUACUUCGAGGCCAACGGAGCCAGACACUGUGAAGACGACGAGAACCCUGCAGAGUUCAUGCUCGAGAUUGUCAACGCUGGAUCAUCUGGACAAGGACCUGACUGGCACGAAGUAUGGAAGAAGAGCGAUGAGUGCAAGGGCGUCCAGACUCAAAUCGACAAGUUGCACGAAGAAUCAAGCGGCAGAGCCCGCGAGCACGAACCUACCAAGGAAGAACUUAGCGAGUUUGCCAUGCCGUUGACCACUCAGAUCACUGUCGUAACCCACAGAGUUUUCCAGCAGUACUGGCGUAUGCCUUCCUACAUCCUCGCGAAGUGGAUGCUCGGUACUGCUGCUGGUCUCUUCAUUGGCUUCUCUUUCUACCAGGCCGAUUCCUCGACCCAAGGACUCCAGAACGUCAUCUUCUCAGCCUUCAUGGUUUGCACAAUCUUCUCUUCUCUUGUUCAGCAGAUCAUGCCUUUGUUCGUUAACCAACGCUCGCUCUAUGAGGUCCGUGAAAGACCCAGCAAAGCAUACUCCUGGAAGGCUUUCAUCCUGGCCAAUAUCGUGGUCGAGAUCCCUUACAACAUCGUCUUGGCCAUUCUGGUCUUUGGUUCUUACUACUACGCCGUGCAGGGCAUCCAGCCCUCUUUGAGACAGGGCAUGGUCCUUCUCUUCCUGAUCGAGUUUUUCAUCUACGCUGGCACUUUUGCUCAUCUCUGUAUCGUUGCCAUGCCGGACGCACAGACCGCGGCAGCUAUUGUAACCUUACUCUUCGCCAUGUCCUUGGUUUUCAACGGUGUCAUGCAGUCCCCCACAGCACUCCCUGGUUUCUGGAUCUUCAUGUACCGUGUAUCGCCCUUCACAUACUGGAUCGGCGGAAUCGUCGCAGCCCAACUCCACGGCAAGACAAUCGAGUGCAGUGCCGUCGAGACCAGCAUCUUUAANCCCCCUACCGGCCAAACCUGCGGACAAUACCUGGCCGAGUACCUCCGCACCUCACCCGGCACACUCCAAAACCCUGGCGCUACCAGCAACUGCGCAUACUGCGCUCUCAGCAACGCAGACCAAUUCCUUGCUGGCAGCAACAUCUCCUAUAACCAGGUGUGGCGCAACUUUGGCAUCUUCUGGGCAUACAUUGGGUUCAAUAUCUUCCUUGCCGUGUUCCUGUACUGGCUGUUCCGCGUUAGCACCUUCAGUGUUUCUGGAUUCACUGAGAAGUUGAAGGGACUCCGCAAGCCCAAGGCUGAGCCUGUUGCCGACGACAAGGAAGGACAGAAGCAGAGAAACCAUGCCGAUCCUUUC